GCAGGGUGGACCUGCGCCGGUGAUGCCAAGAAUUUGUAACGUCCAUGAUGGCUGCUUUUAUAGAUACGGGAUUCAAUACUGUUCCUGAAAAUGUAAUUAUAGAGAUAUUCUCCUUCCUUCCCGUGCGAGAUUUGCUAAGGAUAAGCAGGGUUUGUAAGAAAUGGCGUAGGCUUGUCUAUGAUAAGAAGCUGUGGGUUCAUGUGGACUUGACACCUUACUCCUCAGUGACUUCAAAAGUACUUUGGCAUCUCUUAAGGCGCCAUUUUAACACUGGACUGAGAACCCUGAAAUUGCAAGGCCUGCUCUUUUCUGUUCAAAAAAACAAGGAGUUCCUUUCAAAGGCUUUGUUAUCGGGACUGCGGAAACAAUGCCCUAACCUAGAGGAACUCUCCCUGACUAAAACAGAUUUGAAGGGUGUCAGUAACUAUAACGAGUUACCUGCGUCUUUAAAGACACUAGAAAUGAUCACAUGUGAGAUUCCAUCAAAGUUUUUCUCUGAACCCGUUGGAGACCACUCAUCCAACAGUAAAAAUCAGUCUUGGCCCCAUCUUGAAGCCUUGGUUAUGAAAAAUGUUCCAGCAUUCUCUGACUCUCAUUUGAAAAGUCUAACUUCACAAGUAAAACUGAAGAAACUGGUACUUUUGGGCACGUAUCGAGUAACAAAUCAUGGAAUAGAGGAGUGUGCAGAAAGAUUAGGCGAACUGGAGCACUUAUAUAUGGAAGGUAAUACCAGUGUUAGUACACGUGUCAGCAGUAUUACUGAUGGAUUCUUGCAUUUUGUGGGAAGACACAUGAGAAAACUCCGAGUCCUGCACCUCAGAAAGGUUAUGUCUAUGACUGAUGCAGGUCUUAGCUGCCUGGAUCAGCUUACCAAGCUAGAACAGUUGGAUAUUCAAGGCUGUUUCACAUUCAGUCCUAAAGCUCUUAUUGCAGUCUGUGCUUCCUUGCCAUUUUUAAAGAAACUAAAUCUAAACAGUGUUCAUCUUGAAGGCAACGAUACCAUGAAUCAGAUUCAAAAAAGCCUUCCACACUGCAUUGUUACUAAUACUAAUGCUUUGCCAACUUAAGCAGCCUGGUCUACUAGAUUCACAUUUUGUUACACUAAAUAGUGUUCAGAGUGAAACUUGUAAAUGUACAAGGUUAAUUUCUACAUUUGGAGGACAUGGAAUGAGCUAUUUUUUUUAUAUCAGUUUCCCUUUUUUUUUUCUUUUUUUUUUAAAUCACCAUUUUAUCCAUUCCGUUAUAUAUAAAUAUAUUUUCAGUGGUGUUUAGGCAUAAAAAUGCAGUGUGUAUCUUUUUAAAACUUGAAUAAGGCCACUUCAGUGUGAUUUCUUAAUCAUGGUUGAAUCAUUCUUAAUCAUGGUUAUUACCAAUCAAGUGUGACAAAAUGCUUAUUUAAAGUUUUCAUAUGUAAUGUGUGGAUUAACUUAGCAAAUACACAAAUGUGCAUCCAGAAUAAUGAAAGAGGCAGUGCUGUUGGACAAUAAUAAAUAGCCAGAAACCUUCAGAUUAUAGAACAAUUUUUAUUAUAGUAACAUUGAUCAUUUAAUGUUUUUGCCAUUUUUACUUUUUUACAUCUACUAACGCACAAAGCCAACUGCAGCCCACACCUUAAAUAUUGUGUUGCUGGUGAAUUUUAUGUUUUUUUGUUGGUUUUUUUUUUUAAACAAAAUGUUUAUGUACUUAAAAAAUCUAAUAAAGAAUUAAUUUGCUAAAGCGUUUUUAUUUUUGUACAAAUAAAACUUUCAAACUUAUUUUUUCUUCUCAACUCCAAUCAGGUCUAAUAUCUGAGUUAUGCACAUAUCCACUGUCAAUGUAAUAAUGUUUUGUUUUAUUAUGCCAUCAAAGCAGUUUAAACACAAACUUAAAUGAUGAUGGCACAGUCAGUGUUCUAAACAAUUAUUGUGAGCUGUGCUAUAAAAUUUGUUGAACUGUAAACUGAGAAAUACUUCCCUGAUGGUUCAGCAUGGCGGAGAUUGCAGCCUUUUUAUUGAUCCAAUAUUGUGAAACCAAAUCCUGGCUUGGUCACUGUUGCUGGAUUUGGCACAUCCUUCCAGGUAUGCACGGGUUUUCCUCCUGAUCACAAAGUCAUGCAUCUUUUUGUUAGGGAAAUUGGUGAUUCUGAAUUGUGUAAGUGGGCACUAAAAUGUUCUAGCAUCUUGUCAAGGGUUCCAGCUUUGUCUCUCAUGACUUUGAGUUGAAUUAAACAGGUUUGGUAAUGGAUGCAUUUACAAGGAAUUAAAUCCUGUCUGGGUCACUGUCAGGGGUGCUUUGCAUUUU